CCCGCCCCUGACGCCGUGGCAAGGCUGGUCGCACCAGAUAGCCUGUCAUGUCGGGAAUCGCCCUGAAAGUAACCCAGAAAUUAACGUCUUGAGCCCAAAGUUUGAACGUUGGGUGGUGCUUCUGCUCCCUCUUUGUGGGGGUCCAUCUCCCUGCCUGCAUGGUGGAGACAGACUUAAGACCGGGGCCUGUAGUGACAGGACAAGGGACAACAAUUUUAAUCUAGAAGAGACUAGGUUUAGGUUGACCAGAGAGGUUGUGGCUGCCCCCUCCCUGGCAGGGUUCAAGGCCAGGUUGGACGGGGCUUUGGGCAACCUGGGCUAGUGAAAGAUGACCCUGCCCAUGGCAGGGGGUUGGACAGGAUGAUCCUUGAAGGUCCCUUCAAGCCCAGACUGUGCUCUGACUCUAUGGUCUUCAUCAUAUCAAGAGAAGGUGUUUGCACCGGUAGGCAAAGAAGGGUUAGACAUUUUCCGAUGACCAAGCAACACAACUCAAAGUUUGUCAAGAGUCUGCUGAUACUAGGAGUUAUCUGGUCUAUAGCAGAGUGAGAAGCAAGUACCUUCUCUGAAUUACUGACACCCCAAAUUGUGUCCCAUUCCAGAUCUCUUGUUCUCUUUUUCAUCCACACGAACUUAGUCUUGUUUUUAAAUGAUUGAGUAUAUUAGUAUUCUCAUCAUGCCUGAAACUUACUCAUCUCUUGCUAUCACCACUCAUUUCACUGCCAACUGAGUUACUGGUUGGAAGAUGGCAAUCUGUCUUCAAAAAACCCCCAAAAUUAAGUAUUUAUUCAGCCAAGUUAUAUGAAUGCUGCAGAAUUUAUCACAGCAUUGUGUUGCUAAAGUUCUGCAGGAGUUCAAAAGCAGUUGAACAAAAUCCUCCAAGGUGUAUGAAAGACAAAAUUAUAUUUGGCUAAAUCUUGAACCACAGGCUGGUGGAGGCUGGAGAAAGUGUUAAGGGAAGCAUCAUUUUAUGGUGUUACCAUCUUUCAUUUCCCUAGACCCUCUCACUGCCAGCUCUCUGAGGACAGGACUCGGCUGAUGGACCCUUCGUUCGAGGUGACAGAGGUGGCACAGUCAUUUCUUAGGUAACCCCUUUAAGCUGUCUCCCAGAUGCUGCCUCCCCUGUGUACAUGUGUGUGUUAUGUGGUUAGGAAGCUGAUUUUUGGUCUAGUGCUGGUGUUUUUUAGUACUGCUUCAUUACUCUGAAAAACUGGGCAGCAGAUAUUGUGUGCUUGUGCGUGUAAUUCCAGUAGCUUAGCAGCCACCUUGCCACUGCAUAAUAAUAAAUGUGCUAGAAUCUAUUUCCAGUGACACUGGCAGACAGCAGCAUGUUUUGUUUCAACAUGACUUGGUUUAUUUGUGAUUCUUCUCUACUGUAAUUAGGACACAGCAAUGUGUUAGAGGGUGAAUUACAGGUGUAAGAAUUAUGCAGUGGAAUAGUUCUUGAAUGCAUUUUUAUGUAACAGUGAUACAGCUCUUGGUGAUACAUGCUUUCUAGUUUAAGGUCUCUAUGGGCAUCUUUUCCAAGGGGAUAUCUGGCUUCUCGGCUUCUUUUUUGUAUGAUACCCUGCAAUUUAUUCCAUCCUGAGACUGGGUGUUCAGGUCACUAUAGCUCUGUUCACGAGCUUCUAGGUUUUGCCAAGAGGGGCUGUUAGGUUCUUACUGAAAAAUGGAAACAGUGUAAAAAUGCAGUGGCAAAGAGCAGGAACUUAAAAGGAAAAUUUAUAUAUUAACAAAAAGAACAUAAAAAACUGAAAGAGAAAAGGUAAAAUAACAGGAAGAUGCAUACAUAUUGUGCUCAGGACGUUGGUUGCUCAGGACAAAAGCAGUUAGGAACUAGGCAGAUCAGAACUGAAUGCAUAUGAUAGGUGCUGUACCUAACUUAGAGUCUAACAGUUCAUCUGUCAGCCCUGGAGUUCAGGGAGAGGCUGUGGCCAAGCUACCGGGUUACACUGAGGAUAAGUACUAACUGUGGGAGCCCAAAGAGCUCCUGCUCAGGGCAGUUACUGCUUUGAAGAAGAGGAAGACAACAGAAUUUAGCCCAAAUGUAUGGUAUCUAACUUCUGACAUUUGACUAAGACAUGUAACUCAGGAGCUAGAUUACCAUUUGGGCCUGUGACGUCAGUGUAGGGCAAGAGGAUUUUAGUACUUGGAAUUGCUUUACAGAAAUUCUUGUGACCUUGUAUUAACUAUGCAGAGAACCUAGGGCAGCUAUGACCUUAACUUAGUUUUUCAGCUGUUGAAUGAAUCCCAGCUUCAGGGCCUGGAAAAUCUGCCAGAGAAACCGAAGGGGAAAACUGUACUGUAGCCUACUUAAGUCUGUACUAUAGCCUACUUAAGCAUCUAACCAACCUUCAGGAUCUUUCUUUGAGAAGAGACGGCUGACCAGACCAGUGACUGCGUGAAACUGUGCAAAUGAAAUAUCCAUUUAGAUUUAGGAAAAGAGUUGGAAAUGAUAAGAUCUAAUUUGGUAGGAAAGUGAGGGGAAAAGACUAUUAUUAGAUGUGCCUAACGCUGAAUAGAGGAAGUGCUGGCAAAUUACUGGACUUUCAACUGUGUGAAGAAGAUUGAUGCAUAAUCCUUAAGUCAUUUCAUUUUUAUAAGUAGAAGCUCUGUUUUUUUUUUCUUUAUUUCUUUUCAUAUAAUGCCACCCCCUCCUAGCCUUUGUGCCUUUGGAAAUUUUAAAUAACUAAAACUGCAGGGAUGAACUGAAAAUCACACUAGAACUACCAUUUUCAAGGAAAAUCUAAAUAUUAAAUAGGCAAAUUAAUUGUUCUCAAGUCAGAAGACCUGCUAUCUUGGGAGGCAAAGCUGAUGAGGCAGAACAGACUUGGGAUAAUGAUGGGAAUUUUUCUUUCAUUUCUAGAUCAUUUGUUCUGAUUCUUACCCCAUUUGGGGAUGAAUGCCUGGCUUGCAAAUAUAAAAUAGGUACUGAGCCUUUCAACCUCUGUGGGUUUAGGCUGAUGGAAAGAUAGGUCACAGUCUAUCAGCUAUAAGCCACAGUUUUAAACCUUACAUUAGAAUGUGAAAGUAGUCAGAGACCUUACCAUCUCUAAUUUAUCACAGAAAAAGUGAAUACCACAACGACAUUUAAGAAGGCAAUCCUUUCGUCAGAAGGGUUUUUCUGGUCCAGAAGCAGUUACCUGGAGUAUGCUUACCUUUUGGAAGCUGAGCUGCAAAAUUAGCAGCUGUGUUAAUGGCUCAGUGCAUAGGACAAAGACUGAAUAGUUGAAUUGCUGCUUAGGCCCAGAAACAUAUCUUGAGGCCACUGAGCAGCUGCUGUGUGGUUUGGAUGGUUGCUAGGUGUGCUAUAGCUGUGUUGGAGAUAAAGAAGAUGUUUUUGUUAGUAAGACUGCCAGUCUACUGCCUUUCAGUGCACCUAAUCAUACUUGCUUAAGUUAAAAACCGAGAAGGGCAGAGCCAUUUAAACAUGCAGUGUUUUCUCUGUGAAUGUGCACACAAUGAAGGUCAUAGAGCAGGAGAAGUUUAUUUUUCACAGGACAAAACACGACAAUAAAUGUCUGCUAUUCCUUACCUAAACAGGGGGAGAGUCUUGCGGAUCAGUGAGGAAGUUUAUGUAAUCUGUGGCCUGAACUCUGAACCGUUAAAAUAUCUUCUCCAACCAGUCAGACUGGGAGCACAGCAGAGAGAUUGGGGAAACUAAAGCAGCAGGUUGUUGUUUUUGCAUAUGCAUACCUUGAAUAUUAACCCUUUGCCUUCCCACUCUUUCUUCUACAGUCGGGAGCUGUGGAAACUGUGAAACGAGCAAAAGGAGGAAGAUUUUCAAUUAUCAUAUUUUUAAACAGGAAUCUGAAUAGUUUCCCCCAGGUGCCCUGGAGGAAGGUGCCUGUGGAACGUAACAUAUUUCAGUCAAGAACUUGUUUAAAUGAGGAACUGUCCUUUGCAUUUUAUCUACUUUUUAAUGGGGAUGAUGUAUAAGACAGAUCCCCUGCUCCUUUAUGGAGAAAAUACUGCAGAGAAUCAAUGCAAGUUUGUACCAGAAUAAAGCUGAAACCAGUCUGAGCCCAGACUCUGCAGCUGUAGUGAUCUAACUCAAGAUCAUUUUCAGUCUAGAAGAUAUCCCUCCUGGUUUCUCAGGGGAUUAAAGUCCUCACCACAGAGUUAUUUCACUAAUACUGUUUUGCCCAUUUCUGCCAGUCUCUGUAGAGAGAUCAAGCAAUGAAGAAAACCGCUCCUGGUUUUCACUAUUUUGCACAUGUGGACAGUAAAUCCCAGCUGGAAGAAUAAUCCCAGAGAGAAGUUUAGGGUGUAAUGGUGUAAAAAUAUAUUGCUAUGCAGUCUCUCUUAUGGAUUAAUUAACUAUUGUGUUUCAGUAUCUAAAGCUAUUGCCUCUACCGCAGCUAAAACUUUCCCACAACAAAAUUAUAUAUGCAGCACCAAAGUGUUAACAGGAGUAGGUUAGUUUUGCUCAAACACUUGGCAGAGAUCAUAUCAUCUUCUACAUCUUCCCAAAGCUACCUGUGUCCUGUUGUUGAUUGUGAAAUGAACUUUGCCUCUGAACGAUAGGUCUCAUGUUGUUUCCUCUUGUAAUGCAACUGCCUCUCACUUGCGUGAAGUAAGUAAGCAAAUAAUCUUGUACAGACUCAUAUAACCAGGAAUCAGGAAUCCGAAACUCUUAACACAAGAUUUUUCAGUGAUAGGGGAGGGCAGGCCAACAGCUGGGACUUGCAUUACACAGGUUAGGUGGGAAGAAAGUCCCCAGAACUAAACCGGUGAGGAACUGAGGUGCAAGAAGAUUAUGCCACACAGCUGCUGAGGACUGAAGGCACCAGCAGAGCACAGCAGUGACCCCAAGGGCAUCAUAGCAGUUAAAGGUCACGGGGAAGGUUCAGGAAUAUUAUCCCACCUGGUUGGGGUGCUCAGGAUGGAUUUUGAAGGGGUUUUGUAAGUGAGGUUAAUUGCCAGGGCAGUGUGGAAGCUCUGGGCUGGAGAGGUGGGAGGUAAAGGUCAGGGGAGAGCUAAUGGCAGGACUGGGAGAGCAGGAGGGAUACAAACGAGCAAGGAAGAAUGUGAAAAAAGCCUGCAUUGCUGCUCUCUGUUGUAGUGUGUUUUGGUAUUAUUAAUCUUUUCUCUCUUUCUUCAUUUGCAGAUUGUGUUCCUGGUAGGAAGCUUUUUCAGCAUCUGGAGUCUUAGGGGAUUUUACUGUUCCAAGAACCCAUUUUUCCUAAAUGUGAACCUGUAAUCUGAAGUGUAUUGUUUCUGUUUAUCACAUUAGCCUAUCCCUCUUGAUCUGUGUUUGCCUGUCUUUCAAAUUAUGAUCCAGGUCCCCGCCAGAGGACUCUUUGCUUUGUCUGUCUCUGUCAUCAGCAGGUGAGCAGCCGGUUGGUGGAAGCCAGGCAGACCCGUUUCACAAGUGUGUGCCUACCUGUCAGCUCACGUGUUGGACAUACAUGCAAGGGACCUCCCUGGAGAGACAGCUGAGAAGACCUUGAGGAGCAAAGAAUUGAAGCUGGGCAGGACUGGGGCUAGGAAAAUCAGUGAGAAGGAACUUAGUCAUAAGAAUUACAACCUCAGAAGGUAACUAUCAGCGUUACCAGGAGUGGCCUCAGACAAACUGGGAACUGGCAGCAGGUGAGCUUCAGGAAAAGACUACCGCAGGGCAAGAGAAGUGCUGUAAUUCAGGGUGUUACAGCUACCAGCUGUUUCAAAAGUGAGUUAGAGUAGCAAAUCUUUACAGCUGAGACAUUAUUAUAGCUGGGACAGCAAGCCACAGGAUAUUAUCAGUAAUUCCUGUUCAGGAGAGAAGUGAGAUGUCUCUAGUAUGUUAUAACCUGAGCUGACUGGUGAGAAUUUCCCAUUUUGCACAGUUGGAGAUGCUGCUUGAUAACCUGCAGGUGCCUUACAGUGAGAGAAGACAGAGGUUGGAGACCCACUUGCUUGUAAUUGAACAUGGCAGGGGAUGUAAAAAGAUUCACACGCAUGCUUCUGGAAUGUAACAGCAAUGACAAGCUAUGUGUUGUGCGUGAAUAUCAGACUGAAGUGAUUGUUGUCCCUGUUCUCCUUGUGGGUUUUUUUGUCAUCGUGCUAACUGUGAUCCUUUGGCUCCACUGUCGUGGCUUGCGAGCAAAGCAGGAACAGUCAUCAUCAUCUGGACACCAAGUGAAUGACAAGAAUCAGCAGGAAUCCAGCUCAACAGAGAACUGCUAUAUCCAGCUGAGUGAGACGUCUGUGGAGAGCCUGCUAAAUUCUGCAUCCUUGACUCUGAAAGAACUGGAGAUACCACGAGAGAAACUCUCAGCAGGCACCUUGCAGCUGCUAAAACAUGGCCGCUAUGGGAGCACUUACAGGGCACAGCUGGAAACUGGGAACCCAGGGAAGACUAAGCCUGUAGUAUUGAAAACCUUACAAGACCCGGCUAGUCCCCAGGAAGUAAAGGAUUUCCUGGGAAGGAUUAAAUUCCAUCAAAAGCUUGGCCAUCAUAAGAAUUUGGUUGAACUGAUUGGAUGCUGUGUAGACCAGCUCCCACUUUAUAUGAUCAUGGAAGAUGUGUCUCUUGGUGACCUGUUGACAUUUCUGUGGACAUGUCGGAAGGAUAUUAUGACAAUGGAUGGUAUACCCUAUGACCUCACUGAGAGGCAAGUAUAUGAAGUUGGACAGCAGGUUGCAGCAGCUCUGGCUUACCUUGAAGAGAAGAAGUUGUUCCAUGGUGACAUUGCUGCCAGGAAUGUUCUCCUUCAUCACAACUUCACUGCUAAACUCUGUGGUUUGGAUCUGGCCUAUGAAACUCACACAUACGGUGCCAACUCAGUCACACAGAUUGUGCCAGUCAAGUGGCAGGCACCAGAGAGGCUCCUGAAGAAACCCCCCAGCAUCAAGGCAGACAUAUGGUCUUUUGGAAUUCUACUGUAUGAAAUGAUUACAUUAGGUGCUCCACCAUAUCCUGAGGUGCCACCUUCUGACAUUUUAUCAUACCUGCAGAGACAGAACAUUAUGAAGCAGCCCUCAAGCUGCCAGCAAGCCAUGUAUGGCAUCAUGAAGUCCUGCUGGCAGUGGAACGCAGCUCACCGGCCUUCUCCAGCAGACCUGAUCCGGUCCCUACAAACAGCUCUAAAGACCAGCAAUGGCCACGCUGUUCUGCAGGUGCCUGAGCUAGUGGUGCCUGAACUCUACGCUAAUGUGGCUGGUGUUGAUGUCCACAGCCUAGUGAGGGAAUACACUAUACUCUGAAGGACCCUUUCACGUGCUGGUGAAGGAGAAGUCUCUGAGUUUGCCCGUUCUAGACACUUUGCAAGCUCAGAAUGAGGUGUGUAUGUUGGGAGGGAUCCCUUUGUUUUUCAAACAUGUUAUACAUAUCAGAUCUCUCCUCCACGCCAGAAACAACUAACUGCUAUCAUUAUUAUUAAAUCAACCUGUUGAUAAUCAUCCUGCCAGUGGUCAUUGGGAAGCAAAGUGGGUUUAGGAAGUUGUGGAAAAUGUGAUGAGAAACUUGAGUUAAAGAAAUGUAUUGGGUUUGCAUGGCAAAAUUUUGGUAGCUGGGAGGCUAAAGGAUUGGAUUCUGUGAGAAGAUGCCAGAAACUUCCCCCGUGUUUUAUAGAGCCAGUUCCAGCUGGCUCCAAGAUGGACCCACCACUGGCCAAGGCCAAGCCCAUCAGUGAUGUUGGUAACACCUCUGUGAUAACAUUUAAG